AGAGAGCCUCUCCCACAGGGAGACAUCACCAAAAAACGCCCGAGUCUGGCCAACAGCAUCGGCGGCCUGCCGGAAGAGGAAAAGAUAUGGAUAAAACGAGACUAUAGUGGGGGAUCGGCCAUCGGCGGUGAUCGGGAAGACUAACUAGAAUAUUUAUUUACCUAUUUAUUAAUUAUUUAUUUUCCCUGCCAGCAAUGGCUGGGGUCCAUGGCUGAGGCUGCUGAGAGGCAGGUGCAAUACCAUCGACGAAGUCGUUUCGCUCCUCGACAUGGACGAUCUACAGGCUGGCCCAGUGCCAAUCCACAGCGCCCAGGAUCUGAUGCUUGCUGCCGGAGGACAGUGAUAACAGGGCCGCGACUGGAGGCGAUAGCCCGUAACUGGCUGGAGGAGCGGGAGGAGGAGGUGGAGGAGGGGGCCUAUUCAUAUCAGUUUAUUAGAACCGAUAUUUUCAGCAGGGGACUCAAGGUUAUGCGCACACAACAGUCUGCCGCCGUUCAGUAAACCUGCUGCAAAAUGGCAUGACUGUUCUCCUUUUUGAAGGCAGACUGUGAUUGAAUGUGCCCCUUCCCCCGUGCUGAGCGGAUUCAAAAGCGGUGACACCCUCGCCUUUUAGGAGGGCCUGAAAAACUGUUGAGAGGAGGCGCAGCUUCAUCUGGACCACAGCUGCCAAGAUGAUGGAGCUGCAGUUAGACGAGGUGGUCUACCAGGACGACUACGGCUCCGGCUCCGUGAUGUCGGAGCGGGUGUCGGGCCUGGCAAACAGCAUCUACCGGGAGUUCGAGCGGCUGAUACACAGCUACGACGAGGAGGUGGUGAAGGAGCUGAUGCCGCUUGUGGUGAACGUCCUGGAAAACCUCGACGCGGUGCUGACGGAGAACCAGGAGCACGAGGUGGAGCUGGAGCUGCUGAAGGAGGACAACGAGCAGCUCAUCACCCAGUAUGAGAGGGAGAAAGCGCUGCGCAAGCAGGCGGAGGAGAAAUUUAUUGAAUUUGAGGAUUCACUGGAGGCCGAGAAGAAGGACCUGCAGAUACAGGUGGAGUUUUUGGAGCUACAGGGGAAACAGCUGGAGCUGAAGGCAAAGAACUAUUCUGACCAGAUCACUCGGCUGGAAGAGCGAGAGUCAGACAUGAAGAAAGAGUACAACGCUCUGCAUCAGCGCCACACUGAGAUGAUUCAGACGUACGUCGAGCACAUAGAGCGGUCCAAAAUGCAGCAGGCGGGGAGUAACAGCCAAUCAGAAGGCACCGGCUGUGGACGAUCUCAACGACACACAUGGAGGAAAAGCAGCAAAGCGGAGCGCCCACCAUCGUUGAGCCUGUACCCUGAUGGCAUGGUACGUGGGGGACUCGGGGGGGCUAGGAUGAUUCCCGGGAAAGACAUCUGGCAGGUCAGCGAGCUCGGCCACUCUACCUUCAGCUCCGCCUACCAGGAGGACGGAUCAGAGUCGGACUCGGUGGCAGCCACACCCAGCAGCACGGGAAGUAAGUCCAACACACCCACCUCCUCUGUCCCGUCCGCCACAGUCACCCCCAUCAACGAGAGCUUCCACGGGCACGACUUUGACGUCACGCGGCCUGGAAACCGCAGGAAAAGCGCUAAACGCCUCAGCCGGAAUAUGGAGGUGCAGGUUUCCCAGGAAACCAGGAAUGUCAGCAUCGGUAAGAGGAUGUCACUGAGCCUGUCCUCAGUUCAGAGCCACACUCGGCGCUCUGCUCUUCCAGGUAUGGGAAGCAGCGACGAGUGGUCCGAGUUUCAGGAGCUCAUCGAUUCUACGCCGGAGCUGGAUAUGUGUCUGGACCCCCGUAUUUAUGGAGGAGGAAACAGCCCCUCCCAGGGCAUAGUUAACGAGGCCUUCGGCAUCAACACAGACUCUCUCUAUCACGAGAUCAAAGACGCCAAGUCGGACAUCAUUGGGGAUGUGGAUGCAGGUGCUGAGCUGCUAGGCGAGUUCUCAGUCCCUGAUGAUUUCUUAGGGAUGAGCAAGGAGUGGGAGAACAUGCUGGCAGAGAACAAACAGCUCUUACAGACCAAAAAUGCUCUAAAUAUUGUCAAAAAUGACCUUAUUGCCAAAGUGGACGAGCUGUCGGGGGAGAGGGAGGUACUGAGGGAGGAGCUGGAGGCGGUGAGACAGUCAAAGAACAAGGUGGAUGCCAGAAUCAAGGAACUCGAAGAAGAACUCAAGAGGUUACGAGCAGAGGCUCUGGGGGCUUCUCGGGACUCCAAGGAUGAAGUUGGUGAUGAUUUUUCAUCGCCGAUGCAAGACGGCGACAUGACAAUGACCCAGCGGCGGCGAUUUACCCGGAUGGAGAUGGCCCGGGUGCUGAUGGAGAGAAACCAGUACAAAGAGAGACUGAUGGAGCUGCAGGAGGCCGUACGGUGGACAGAGAUGAUCAGAGCAUCCCGUGAGAAUCCUCCCAUCCAAGAGAAGAAGAAGUCUACCAUCUGGCAAUUCUUCGCACGUCUCUUCAGCUCAUCAUCCAGCCCGCCGCCCGUCAAGCGGCCGUUCUACAACGUCAACAUCCAUUACAAAUCUCCCUCACCGGCCGGUUUCCCUCAGAGACGCAGCCACACCAUGUGUCAGAUCUCCACCUCCAACCGUACCCUGGAGUUCUUCCCUGAAGAACUGGCCAGUAACGGUGUUGCGUCUCUCCUCAGUGACUCGGCGAUGUUGGCCCGCCGAGAGCAACGCCGUGAACAGUACCGGCAGGUUCGUGAGCACGUGCGCCGUGAUGACGGCAUCAUGCAGACCUGCGGCUGGAGCGUGCCAUCUCGAUUCAAACAGACUGGUGGUCAGACGGACAGCGCUCAGGACAGCCCGCUGAAGAGGCAGCAGACAACCAACGAGAAAGAGGAUAACCGCAUGAAGAAUGUCCCUGUCCCAGUUUACUGUCGCCCUCUGGUGGAGAAGGAUCCUAACAGGAAGCUAUGGUGUGCAGCAGGAGUGGACUUGACAGGAUGGAGAGUCAGCAGCCAGGAGACUUUGGAGAAAGCACCAGUAUGCAGCACCGACCCUCUGCACGCUGAGGAAGACGGAGCUGAUAAGAAGAAGAACCACACGUCUCCUGAGAAGAGGAAGGUAUUGAGACGUAGUUUAACAACAGCAGAUCCGCAUUAUCCACAUCACAUUAAGCAUCCCAGUUCAAAGGAGCUCCAGGAAACAGACACAAUGAGCAGUCGAGUGUGGAUCCUCACCAGCACCCACUCUGCCAGCAAGGUGGUCAUCAUCGAUGCCAACCAGCCCGGCUCACUGGUUGACCAGUUCAAUGUCUGCAAUGCCCAUGUUCUCUGCAUCUCCAGCGUGCCAGGUGUGUGUGGCACAGCUGCCAGCGAGAACGACUAUCCAGCCGGAGAGAUCGUGUUGGAUCCAGGUGAAGGUGGAGCAGGGGGAGGAGAGGACACCGGCAGCGUGGAGGGCAUGUUGGCCGGCAUCACUCUAGUCGGCUGCGCCACCAACUGCAGCGUUGCACGCAGCAACUGUUCCUCUCGCACAGAUACGCCAAUCAUGGACAAAGGACAAGCUCCCACUGCUCCACCGAUGAAUGGUGGAUACCCGAUGAAUGGGAAGAUUCACCCAGCCCAAUCAGCCGAGGAAGCCACGGAGGCCACAGAAGUUCCCGAGUCAACGGCCAGCAACACAGAAAUGAGAUCUGGACCUCCAGGACCGUUUACUGAGCACGUCUUCACUGAUCCUCAGCCUCGCCCAGCAGAUGCCUCUGAUAGGAGCUCAGGCCAGUCCAAGGAGGAAACAUCACACCCUCCAGAGUCAGAGGAUGGAGGUGAUGAGACCAAAAACUACACCAGCGUGGCCCCCACCAUGUGGCUCGGGGCCCAGAAUGGCUGGCUUUAUGUCCACUCAGCUGUGGGAAACUGGAAGAAGUGUCUCCACUCCAUCAAACUUAAAGACUCAGUGCUCAGUCUGGUGCAUGUGAAAGGCCGUGUGCUGGUUGCCCUUGCCGAUGGGACACUCGCCAUAUUCCACAGAUCGGAGGAUGGCCAGUGGGAUUUGUCCAACUACCACCUCAUGGACCUCGGCCGACCUCAUCACUCCAUCCGCUGCAUGGCCGUCGUCCACGAUAAAGUGUGGUGCGGCUACAAGAACAAGAUCCACGUCAUUCAGCCAAAGAGCAUGCAGAUAGAGAAGUCCUUCGAUGCCCACCCUCGGAGGGAGAGUCAGGUACGGCAGCUAGCCUGGAUUGGUGAUGGAGUCUGGGUGUCGAUCCGACUGGAUUCAACCUUGCGUCUCUACCAUGCGCACACGCACCAGCACCUCCAGGAUGUAGACAUAGAGCCAUACGUCAGCAAGAUGCUGGGUACCGGCAAGCUGGGAUUCUCUUUUGUGCGAAUCACAGCGCUUCUGAUUGGUGGAAAUCGUCUUUGGGUCGGGACAGGAAACGGUGUCAUCAUCUCCAUCCCACUGACAGAGACGGUGGUCCUUCACCGGGGACAGCUCCUGGGUUUAAGGGCCAAUAAGGUGUCACCUACAUCUUCUGGCGGGGUGAUCCAUGUGUACGGCGACGAUGGCUCUGAGAAGAGCAGCGGCAGCUUCAUCCCCUACUGCUCAAUGGCACAGGCCCAACUCUGUUUCCAUGGACACCGUGAUGCUGUCAAGUUCUUCGUCUCUGUGCCGGGCAAUGUCCUGGCUACCCUAAAUGGCAGUGUGCUGGACAGUCCAUCAGAAGGACAGGGCUCCACAGCUCCCACAGAGACGGAGGCGCAGAGUGUUCAGAACGUGUUGGUGCUGAGUGGAGGCGAGGGUUACAUCGACUUCCGCAUAGGCGAUGGAGAGGAUGAUGAGACGGAGGAAGGAGAAAAUGGUGGUGGUGGGGCUUCGCAGAACAAACCUACUUUGUGCAAAGCUGAGCGGAGCCACAUCAUCGUCUGGCAGGUGUCUUAUGUACCCGAGUGACACCUGACAUCUGCUUUAACACCUCACGCAUCCACCCAUCUCCUUAAAGAGAUCUCUUCUCCCGCCCAGAAGCUUUCAGCCACCCAAACCUUGUAAUUUUCCCCCGGUCAUGUAAAAGUCCCCCCUUUGGCUCUAAAACGACCAUUAAAGCCGUGUAUCGUCCCUUGUAACUAUUAUACCCCUCCUGUCCCAGACCUUAAAACCUAGAAACCUGCCUGCCAUCCUGUCUCUGUCCCACCCAGGGCAUUGUAAUGAUUCAUGAGCUUUGUAACCCAGCCUCAUAACUACCUCCCUUCUCUGUAUCAACCUUAUAUUCACCCCGUAAGCACACUGUAUCUCUUCCUAUAUUUACCUCAAUCUUCCUGCAUCUGCCCCAGUUAUUCCUCAUCUUCCUCCAUUUAGUUCGUCAUCAGUGAAAGCUCCACCUCAUUUUAAAGCAAAGCCCCAAAAUGCACAAAAAUAAGGAAAAAGAACAGCAGCAGCAGCAGGAGAGGCAACACUGGCAUGUAGACAUCAGUCUUACCAACAGCCAUCUGGCAGUCCAUUAACAAUCAGGGACUCUGUUUUAUGCAUCUACAUAUUGAUAGACGGUUUGCGAGGAAGCAGAAAGCUGAGGCCUCGGUUUAAGGUCAAAGUUCACACAAAAGUGUGGCGUUCAAGUCAGGAUGAGCAUACACGGAACAAAUAGUCAAAUUAUUUCCAACCCCCUGCAGAAGCCGGGAUUCUCCCGGCUGCUGCUUAAAACAUGUUGCUUCACAUGUCACAAUGAGUCGCCUCUAUAAGAGUCCUGAUGGGGCUCUAAGGUCCAAUUCUGUCCACAUACAAAAGGAGUUCAACUGUGUCGAGGGUUCAGUCCAGAUCUCAUCUCUCUCAUUUCUCUGCCUGGCUGUUGAUGGGACGGUGAACAGUGGCGUGUUGUCAUCGUAUGUACAGGGAGUUGUGUAAAUCUCCACUGAAACCCAUCCUCUUUGUUCAGUAUGGAAAUUCUCGCAUUGAUCUCUAUCUCUGUGUAUUAAAUAUUAAACAUAUGUGUGCUCAGAACAAUUAA